AUGCCUACGAGAGGUGGAAUCCAAAAGCGGGAAACACCACGUCGGCGCAAGAUUGCGCUGGCUUGUGAAUCCUGUCGAGACAAAAAGGUUCGAUGCGAUGGCGAAAAGCCAAUAUGCGGACCCUGCGUUCGCCGCUCAUACACGGUGGAGCAAUGCGUGUACAAGAUUGAUAAUGCAAGAUCGGCCAGUAACGAUGAGUACUUGAAAAUCCUCCAUGAGCGCAUCCGGGAAUUGGAGGAAACAUGCACCAAAGGUGGAGUCGCAGUACCACCUGCGCCAUCUCAAAAUGGUGAUGAAGCCUCGGAAAGUCAAAUGGACGAAGAUGUGGACUUGGACCCCCUCGACACACAAUCACGAACAUCUGCCGCGGCAGAAGGAUUGCUUGGCUUGGGAUCAACUCCUGUUGGGCCUGGUUCAACUUCAAUACCAGCGACAUCUCCGUUCCAACCACCAAAGCUUCCCGCGCAAAGGAACAUCUCGGACACAGAAGAUAUCUAUCGGACACCUCGUGCUUCACAACUAUCCUCUGAUGCUACCCGCCCCCGAGCAGGGAGUAUCUACCCAUCGCCUUCGAUUAGUUCUCAUGGAAAUGUCACCGCCAUGGGGGCCAUAUCUGUCCCGGAAGAUGACCCGGGCACGGACUCCCCGCGAGAGCAGCAAUACUAUGGGAACUCCUCGGUAGCCUCCUUCAUGCGCCUCGCGGGAGAGCCAAUGCCUCUCCAGUCAUAUAUGUCUGCUCUGCGGGAGGGCAAGAACGAAGCACCAUUAACCCAAGGCUCGGAGACGGGUCUCUGGCGCGAUCUGGGACACCCUUCUGUGGAUCUUAGGUUCGAUGACUUCUCUUUGCCGCCUCGGUCGCUGGCAGACCACUUGCUUGAGUGUUACUGGGACAGAGUCCAUUGUCUGUUUCCUUUUUUCCACCGGCCAAGUUUUGAGCAGGCUUAUGAAAAUCUGUGGGGAUCAAACAAAUCGCCUAAGCCUGAGUUGCCGCAACUCAACAUCGGACUCGGAGGAGCAUAUGACUGUGGUCCGAAUUCCAUCGUCUUUCAUUGUGCCCUGAAUUGUAUAUUUGCUCUUGGGUGUCAUUUCUCUGAUAUCCCACCUUCUGAACGGGAGGCAGCUGUCUACUCCUUUUUUCUGCGUGCUAAGCGUUUUGUGAACCUUGACCUUCUCGAUAUCGGUACCAUUGGGGUUGUGCAAACACUCCUCAUCGUCUCGCUUCUCCUCCAAAGUACGCCUUACCCGAACCGAUGCUGGAAUGCUAUUGGACUGGCGUGUCGAGCCGGCCAAGGGCUUGGAUUGCAUGAGACAACUACGCAUUCUUCAUGGAAACCACUCGAAACCGAGAUUCGCCGGCGGACCUGGCAUAGCUGCGUCAUUAUGGACAUGAUUGUGAGCAUGACACAUGGAAGACCGAGUAUGACCUCACACAUUUCACCAGUGCCCCUGCCAGAAAUGGGAAUCAAAUCCCAAGCAAGUGAUCCUUGCGAGCUCAGUGGACAGCCUUGUGAUCACAAAAUGGGAUACUUGACAUUCUACGUCUCGACUAUUGAGCUUUAUAAGAUUCUUGAGUCCAUCCUAUCCGAAGUCUAUAAUGCCUGGCAGACUCGGUCGAACAGCAAUCAAGCAUCUUCACCUCGCAGCUCCAAGAUUUGCAGUCUGGACGUCUUGAUGGAACUUGAUGAUAGGCUGUCUGCUUAUGAGGCCAAUGUGCCAUCGCCACUCAAUUGGACAAACGAGCCAUUGCAACAUUCGGGCAGUGGGGGUAUAUCGAUCUUCAAACGCCAACAGAAUGUGUUGCGAGCUAGAGCGAUUCAUCUCCGCCUCCUGUUGUAUCGUCCUAUGUUCACCCAACUCUGCUCCGAUGAGCGAGCAAGCUCCUCGAGGCGCUCGGAUGCUGACCCAGGAGAUAGAGGUAUCGGAGCACCUGCAGAAAAGAACCUCAUAUACUCGUCUGUCUUUUCAAAAUGCGCCGCAUCCUGUGUCUUGGCAGCCAUUGACUUGGUGUCUCUCGUUCACCAAACGUACCGAACCAGCGUGACCGAUGCUUGGUGGUAUAAUGGCUUCUAUACUUCGACCGCAGGUUUCAUUUUGAUCAUGUCAUACUCUUGUCGAUCAGUUCGUGGGCAAGUAGAUCCACAACUCGUAGACGAGAGCUGGCGCAAAUGCGAAGAGAUACUAGCUUUCAUGGCAAUGUUCAGCUCAUCUGCUCGUAACUCGCUACAGUUUCUCCAAGUUACGCAUCAACACAUUGUUCAAAACUAUUCAGGUACAUUAUUUUCCUUUGAACGAGCUGUGGUCAAUGCUAACUCUUGCACAGCACCAGCUCGGCCUGGUGAAAAUCCAUCACUGUCAGCCACACAAUUGCAACAGAAGGUCAACCAAUACCCAACCCGACCAGAUACAUCAUCACAGCAUGCGGAACUGAUUUCUGAAGAUCAUGGCCUCCGUCAGGAGUCUGGUGCUACGGAUAUGAACCCUUUCACAACAUGGGAUGAGAUGGGAUUAGGUCAGGAGGAUUUCGGCUUCCUUGGUCGAUUCGACUUUCCUGAUCUUGCAAGUUGGUUUACCGAUAUACCCCCAUGA